GCCCUGCCCCUUGCGAUUCCCCUCAGUCUCCUCCUCCUCCUCCUUCUCCUUCUCCUCCUCCUCCUCGCUCGUGACAACUCAUACUCGCUUCCCCUUGAAACGUGCACCCCGACCUCUUUCCCUGUGUUGUGCUCUGAUAUUCCUAUUCCUCCUCCUCCUCCUCCUCCUUUUACUCCUCCUCUUCCUCUUCCUUCUCCUGCUCUCUUUUCUCCCUCUCUUGCCCUUGCUCUCUUUCUCUGUUUUAUCUCCCUCCCACCCAUCUGCUCCUCCCUUAUCCACGUGUUUCCCUUAAUUAUCCUCCUCCAUCCCGUGUUAUGAGAUGUCCUUUGUGAGGCAAAGCGUGUGAGGAACAGUGUGAGAUUACCACGUUACAAAAAGACAAAACAACCUGCGAGAGAGAGAGAUAUUUAUAUAUAUAUAAAACCAGACUAACAGAAAUUUUUCGGUUUUGUAUUUUUAUAUGUAUAUAUAAAUAGUAUUUUUGCUUUUGGUCACAGCCGUAUUUUUUGGGACCAGUUAUUGUAAAUAUAUAUAUUUUUUCGAUCCAAAGAUGAGUGUUUUGUCAGCGACCGCUUGAGAGAGGAAGUUUCACCACAAAAAGUGUUUUCCCUCAAAAAUAUAUAUAUGUAAAAAAAUAUAAAAAUUAUACAAAAAGGAAAGGAAAAUUUCCCACUAUAUUUUCCGUGAUUGGCAAAAUUUUGAAAUAGAAAAAAGUAGAUAGCAUAUAUGUAAAAAAAAAAAAAAAAAAGUGAAUCGGAAUGUUUUGAGAUUUUGAGUUCAAUUCUGGUAUCUAUGUGACCCAGGUCAAGCAGGAUUUUGCGAUCAUCCUGUCAUCUCUCUGUCUAUCUCUCUGCCGCUGACUUUCUUCCUCAUCUGUCCUCCUCCACACCUCGUUCGCCAGUCCGGGGAUUCCCCUCACCAAGUCCCCAUUCCUAGCGCCCUCACAGUCCGGCCCUCCCCCCUCCCUCGAGCGUCACUUGUGCUGUGAUAGAGUCCCCGAGGGUCAAGAAGGAGCUAUUGCAUCCCGGAGGAAGGACGAAAGAUAAAAGAGAAGAAGAAGAAGAGCAGGAAUUUGAUAAAAAGAGAGAGAGAGAGAAAGGAAAAUAAAAAAAAGAAAAGAGAGAUAGAAAAGAAAGGAAAAGAUAGAAAUUGAAGUACGUAGAAGAAAAAGCCACAUAAAAAAAAGGAAAGAAAGAGAGAAAUAUAACAGAACAAGUACUACACUCACACACCUACCAGGACAGCAAGCGAGCGGGACGCAGGGAAAUCCUAUUCUUUGUUUUCGCUUAGAGAAGACCAGAAGGAGGUUUAAGGAGGACGCGAGAUCUUCUACCAGGACGGCAAGAUGACCAGCACUCCCCCCCUUAGCAAGCUGCGCCUCUCCAGCUUCCUUUCCCAGAGCUUCGAGGCAGCGGCUCAAACGGUUGAAAUAUGCAAAGGUUUCCAAAAGGCUCAGCUAGAAACACGCGUGGGCCACCCGAUACUAGCGACCAGGAACUCCACCACAGCGCUGACGAAGGGCGCGGGUGCGGGAGCGGGCCCCAGCAGUACCGGCGGAGCGGGGGCGGCUGCGGCGUCAUCAGCAGGUGCGGGGGGCGUAUCCGGUGUGGCGGGGGGCGUAGCCUCAGCGACAGACGACAAGGAUGGCCAGGGGCGGGGUCUCGUGCCCGUCAACAAGAACCUGGGCAAUGUCAAGGCAGAGCACGGUGCCCAUCCCUCGAUGGCGUUUUUCCAGAACCGAUCCCUCAGCCUCGUGGAUAUGUACAUCGACACCUCCGAGCCUACUGAGAAUGUCGGCCAGAUUCAGUUCUCACUCGAGUAUAACUUCAAUGAGAUGACACUUAUACUCAGGAUUAUGCAGGCCAAGGAACUUCCAGCUAAGGACUUGAGUGGAACGAGCGAUCCUUACGUGCGGGUCACUCUCCUCCCCGACAAGAAACACAAGUUGGAGACGAAGAUCAAGCGACGAACACUCCACCCGAAGUGGCACGAGACCUUCUACUUCGAAGGGUUGUUUCGAAAGAAAAUUUUUGUCAGGGCGUCAAUGUUUCCGAUCCCGAACGCAAUAAAUGACAUCUCAUAUCCGUCUUUUCUCUCUCUCUCCACUCCCACACUCACAGAUCCGUACGUGAAAGUCUGGCUGUACUUCGGCGAGAAGCGGAUAGAGAAGAAGAAGUCCGAGGUCCAGUUCUGCACACUCAACCCCGAGUUCCACUUCAGCGUCAAGUUCGACGUGCCUUGGGAGAGGAUUAGGGAGUGUCAGCUCAACGUUACGGUGAUGGACCAUGACAAAGUUGGGAGGAACGAAGCCAUCGGCAAGAUCAUGCUGGGCAAGGCUGGCAGCGGCACUUCGGAGACCAAGCACUGGAGCGACAUGAUCACGAAGCCCCGGCAAAACGUCGUCCAGUGGCAUCGCCUCAAGCCCGAGUGAAGCGCGUGCCCUCGUGCCCCAUGCCCACCCUCCCCACCGCCCCUCCCUCCCCCCCAGCAGCGCAGGCCGACCGCCGCGGCUGGAGGGCGUCCCAUUCGCUCAAUCGAGGACACGCAUCAAGUGACAGUUUUUAAGAAAAGAUAUAUAUGACGCAGAUUGUGAGGUAGAUUAUUUUUUUUCCUUUAUUUCAUUAUUUUUCCUUCAGUCUCCCCUCCCGUCAAUGGGACGAUGAUGUUGUACAUCAGGAUACAAGGAACCGAGCGUAUCUGAUAGGCAACCACGAGCGAUGACCCCCAAAUGGUCAUCUAGCCAGUGUUACUCCCAGUAGAAUGUGAGUGCAGUGCUAGACUCUGCAACCUGCUAGACUAGGUAGGCCAUAACACUGCUCAUCGUCCCCACCGCACGCCCGACCCAGGCGACCGUCGCUGCCCCUGCCGCCCACGCCGCCGGACUGGUGACCUGACCUUGAGAAGCCCCGAGUUCUAUGUAUACAUUUAUACAUACGAGUGUGUAUGUGUAUAUGUGUGUGUGUAUUCAUGUACGCGCACACACACACACACACACACACACACACACACACACACACACACACACACACACACACACACACACACACACACACACACACACACACACACACACACACACACACACACAUUCACACAUACAGACUACCGAAAGACAACCAGUCCGGGGCGCACCAGUGCAUGGACACCUAAAAUUAUUAUAACUCAUGAAAACCAAAACCAAAACUAAAAACCAAAACGGCUCCCAUUGUCCCUGAUGCCAAAAGCGCCCCCGGGCAGAGGGGCAUCUGAGCGCUGGCGGGCGGUGUGCUGGCGACGACGAUGAACAACCUCGAGGUAGAGCAGGGAGUGCACAGCGGGCCUGGAGUGCCGCCAGUCACACUUCUUUGGUUUCGUUUCGUUUAUUAGUUUUCUUCUUUCUCUCUUUUUUUAUACUUUCAUUUUUGCUUUGAUUUUUUUAUUCGUCUUUGAUUCAUGAUGUCAGUGCGUCUGCUGGACAGUUUACGGUUCAGUUUUCUCCUUUUUAUAUUAAUCUAUGUGGCAUUUGAUUUUGAUUCUGGAAAGGAAAGCCAUAAAGUAUAUUAAUAUAUAUCAUUAUCCACAUAUGCAAUUCUGACAAAACAAAACGCUAAAGAAAUAGCCAAUAAACCUAAAAAAAAAACUGGCAUUUCUCUAGCAUAGGCUGUCCAAGUCACAAAAUAUUUUUUUCUCUCUUUCUUUUCUUAACCAUUAAGCUAUAUUUUUGUCUUGUGGAACCUAAAUUGAGUGCGGCAUAUCCACACAUCUAUGCAUUUCCAAAUUGUCGUAGCUAGCUGUGAGAGAAUGGGUUAGGACUGUGUUUUUAGAAGGCCAUUUCAACUUAAAUGUUUUUUAAAAGAAGCCCAAAUAGUGGGUCUAUUUCAUAUUGUUUGAUAGACGGUGGUAAAGUAGCUAUCGUGAAUUCUUUAUGGAAACUGUUUGUAAUGGUAAUAUAUUUUGCUUUUUUGUUAUGCGAAAAUCAUGUACAAUACACAAUUAUCUUGCCGUGAGUAUUGUUAGGGUCUCUUUGUAAUAUAUUGUAUAUGUGGCUCAAUACAUAGGGAUAUAUAUAUAAAUAUAAAUGAAUAUAUAUAUAUAUAUGAAAUAUAGUUAGUAAAAAAACAAAAUAAAAAAAUAAAGCAUAAUAUGUGAAGUGAUGAACAUUACUUGAACAAUGAUAGAGCUUCUCGUUAUAAGGCGCGAAUGGGAUGAGAAGUGAACUAGCAUUGUUCAGUCUACCACCACCUUCCCGUACAGUAGGUAGUGUAGGGCACAGCCUCGGCUUCAGUCCUGAUCCCCGACAUUUUUUUGCAAAUAGGGGAGGUGGGCGGAAGGAAAGCCAAUGAGAAAUAUAUGAUAAAUUAAGAAAGAAAGCAAAGAGUAAUAAUUAUUAUCAUUCCCUCUCCCCUUUUAUCCACCUCCUGCACCAGUGCCAACGCGCUGAUGGACGAGAUUCUAAAAUCAUGCAGGUUGAUUUUUUUUAUGUUUUUUUGUGGUGUUCAUUCCGAUGGAAACAGGGAAGAAAAUGAAGGCUUAUUUUGCCAUACUGAUCUAAUUAUAUUGGGAAAAAAUAUGGUCAUAUUUUAUUGCUAUUUAAAGAUUUGUUUAACAAAAUUCAACAGUUCGACGUACCUGUUAUACAUUGCCAUAUACAUAUAUUUUGUACAAUAUAGCAGUUCUUAUAAUCAUUCCUGUAUAAGUCUUAAUCUGACAUGUACGAUUAGAUGUGUCGCUUCAAUGACAUAUUUUGUAAUAUAUAUCAAUCAAUCAAUUAUUUAUGAAUCUUAUACUUUUGAACUUGCUCUUGUGGCAAUGUCACAAUAAAAGUAAGAAUAUUCAUCUAUUGAAAAUUGAUAUGCAUGAAAUCCAGAAGUUUGUUUGUUUGUUUAAGUGGCAAUUGGAAAUAUGUAUUUUACGAGGAAAUAAUCUUCUUUGUUAGAAUGUAAAGAUAUAAGAAAACUAGCGUUGACAUCUUUCCUUGUAAAGAUGCCGCGGUCUACAUAAAGGUGGUGACACUCUACCAACUCAUGAUUUAUUUCGUACUAUUUCAUGUCUGUAAAAGUGUGGAAGUGAGUUCUGUUCCAUACUUAUUUUGCGAACGUGAGAUCAUAUCAUGAUAUUUAUCUUCUGCAUAAGGCAUUUUUCUUAAAUCCAUUUAAAACUGUAUGGAAAAGAUAGACUUGUUUGACUGAUGAAUACAUGAGCUGAAUAAAACUUAUUAUAUUUGGGAUGCAAUUCACUCAUUCUGCAUAAAACGGACGCCUCUUCAGCCACGCGUCGUUUCCAGUAUGAUGGCAAAGAAAAAAAUACUCAGACUGAACAAUUAACAAAAAACAGUUGAUAUUCAGUUGCCUUACACAUGCAGAAGGCUGGCAUCAUUUUGAAAGCGCAGUCAAAGAAUCAAUAUUCAUGAAUCCGAUUUGGGACAGUUUCGAAACCUAUAAAAAGACGUUUUUUCGAAUCCUGUAAAAAAAAAAAAAAGGACAUUGAUUAUUCGGGGGACACCAUUAGGAUAUGAUAUUGUUUUACUUCCGGGAUUAUUGUGGAUCAGGAAACACUUCGCAGGAUUGCAAUUAAGACAAUAGUUGUGACGUCACAUUGCCUGCAAGCUGUCAGACUAUUUGCCGUUGCAAGUCAAACGGCCUCUCCAAGAACUGAGCCAAGUGUUGCCAUUCUAGGUAUGUCUCUCUCUCCUUUCUUUGCCACCACAACCUGCCUUUAUGUAACCUACCAUUCGCACAGGGCAGCUAUUGACUUUUUUUUAAGGAGCUAUUUUGCUGUUCAUAAAUGUUGUGUAAAGUAGGUAUACUUCGCUAACAGCCAACGAACUUCCUCCACUCUUAAACAUGUGAUUUGGUUUUGGAAAAAAAGGAUGAAAAUAUACAAGACCUUAACCAAACAACUGUUCUAAUUUUCGUAUCAAUCUGUAAUUGUUCCCUCUGGUGAAUAUUUUAAAGCACUCAUUUAGGGUGUAUCCAAAGAGCUGGUCUCCUGGAAUAUUGGUCGAUGUGUGUACCGUUUCUCAUAAUCUAUUUAAUGUGCAGAUUGUCCAACUGUUUUAUGUACAGCCUUGACACUCUAGGCUUUGCAAAAGGGCUUUCAAUUCGUGGGGCGCCAAAAGAGUUGGGCACUUUUGGAAGCAGUCUGGAUUUCAAUUCAUUCUGCCUAUUUUUGACAUGAGGUUCUGGCAUGAGAACUGUUACAAGAGGACCUGCGAAUUCUAAGCGCCUUCGUCAGACUGGAUGUACAAGGAUGUACUUUGAGAGACAUACAGUGUAAUCUAAUGUACAUGUUGGCCACGUCAGUUGUAGCAUGUUCGCCAGACUCCACACACUCACUGUUCUUCAUAAUCACCCAUCGCUGCCAUGCACAGCGUCGGCAUGAUACUUAUGCUGCGUGCAAGCUGGGCAGGUAGCUCGUCUGCCAUGCGCACUGUUGGCGUCUUGCAUGAUCGUUCCUUAGAAAGACUUGAGGAUCUGAGUUGCUGUAACCUUGAACUCAUGGCAGCCGUGGGACCUUAAGAAGAACGCAUUGGAGGUCUCAGCCGAAGACAAGACAGGUCAAAAUUAGGGUUGCGAGAGCGCAUGAAGCACGCGUGCGCCCUGCGGGAGCGACGGAAGGCGGCCGGGGUCGGCGUGAACGCGAGAUCCGCCCCGAAGGCAGCUCCUAGUCACCCCCAGACACUCCAGAGAGAGAAAAGGGGACACCUUUGUUCGCUGAGUCACCUCUUGGACGGUCACGCGCUGGAGACCAAGAAUCACAGACUGUGUGAGGACGGCAGCCUUCUGUACCACACCAGAGACUACUUGUACCACAUCUGGAGUCUAUGUAGGUGUGGAUACAUCUCUUACGUUCCACUUUGUGAUUUUAAUGUAAGUUCAUUGUUGAAGUUUUGAAAGCAUCACUCAGUAAAGGGUGACAAAAAUAUUAUGUAUUUAUAAACGGCCUUCCGACUUAAUAUAAAGGUCACCUUGGGAUAUUUUGUGGUACAUAGAUACCGUUGGUGGCCUGGGUGCCUCGAGGCAAACAGGGCCAUAUACUGUCGACCCAAAUGCACGAUUUUAUACAUUAAUUUUGGAUGUGCAUGAUGAAAAAAAUAUUUAUGCAGGUCGCAGAUUAAGGGUUCAUAUCGUUAAAGUGACUUUUUUGCAUGAUGAUUAUGGCUAAAUAUCUAAACAAAUUAUCGGCAAGUGUUGCUACGCCCGACACAAUAAUAGUGCCUGACUGCUAAUCCUAAAAGACAUUGGAUACAUGAUUUAUCACCUCACAUAUCCUGGUCGUUUGCCCAAGAAGCAAAACCAAAAAAAAAAAAAAAAAAAAAGAAUAAAUAAAUAAAUAAAUAAA